AGAAGAACCAAUGGCAGAUUAGAAUAGGUCGGUGUACGGAAAUGGUCGAGGUAUCAUCAUGUCGUCUUUUCAACGCAUGAUUUAAAAUGUUGGGAAGUAUUAUUCCCCCUAGAAGGUUAUUCAGAAGCUUUUACUUUGCUCGAGGAGCUUGAGAUCUAUCCGUGUGCCUUAGUUUGUUAUUUGGUAGUUAAAGUUCCCGGGUAUGUCCAAACAAACGAGAUGGACACCAAAAGACUGCGAGCCGAAGCAGCUGCCGAUAUAUCAGCACAAAAACAAGCUGAUUCAGACGGUCAGAAACAGCACUUUCCUCAUAGUGACCGGAGAGACUGGAAGUGGGAAAACCACACAGCUCCCUCAGUACCUGUAUCAGGCAGGUUUUUGUAAGGACGGUAAGAUUGGAGUCACCCAGCCUCGUCGUGUGGCUGCCAUCACCGUAGCUCAGAGGGUCGCUCAGGAGAUGAAGUGCACUCUGGGCAGAGAGAUUGGAUACCAAGUGCGAUUUGAUGACUGCACAUCACAAGACACUGUGCUGAAGUACAUGACAGAUGGAUGUUUGCUUCGAGAAGUCCUGGCAGAUCCGCUGCUUUCCCAGUACAGCGUUGUAAUACUGGAUGAAGUCCAUGAACGCAGUCUUAAUACGGACAUUCUUUUGGGUUUAUUAAAGAAGGUUUUCUCUAACCCCCGUGAGGCCACGAAGGGACGAUCCUUUCCCCUUAAAGUGGUGGUGAUGUCCGCCACGUUGGAAACCGAUAAACUUUCUUCUUUCUUCAACAACUGUCCGGUCUUUGAAAUUCCUGGGAGGGUUUUCCCUGUGGCAUCCAUGUUUGGCACGGCUGUAGGUCCAAAAGAUGUUGAAAGCACCUUUUAUGUCAAAGAGGUGGUGAAAGUGGCCCUGGACGUGCACACCAGUGAAAAGGCUGGUGAUAUUCUGGUGUUUUUGACUGGCCAGUCAGAGAUCGAGCAUGCCUGUGACUUGUUGUUCGAAAAAGCUGAAAACAUAGACUAUCGCUACGACGUGCAGGACCGGACCGUGGAGGGUCUUCUCAUUUUACCUCUUUAUGGAUCCAUGCCCACUGAUCAGCAAAGGCAGAUCUUUCAGGCUCCUCCUCCAGGAAUCAGAAAGUGUGUGGUAGCAACAAACAUUGCAGCAACAUCCCUCACCAUCGAUGGUAUUAAGUAUAUCGUAGACAGCGGCUUCGUGAAGCAGCUCAAUCACAAUUCCAGGGUGGGCAUGGACGUGUUGGAGGUUGUGCCGAUUUCAAAGAGCGAGGCUCAACAGAGAGCGGGCCGAGCUGGGAGAACCUCAGCUGGGAAGUGCUUUCGGAUCUAUACCAAGGAAUUCUGGGAGAAAUGCAUGCCGGAAUACACAAUUCCCGAAAUUCAGAGGACGAGUCUGACCUCUGUGAUCCUCACACUGAAAUGUCUCGGUGUUCAUGAUGUUAUCAGGUUUCCUUAUCUGGACUGUCCAGAGGAAAGGUUUAUUCUUGAAGCACUAAAACAGCUCUACCAGUUUGAUGCAAUAGACAGGAGAGGCAGGGUGACAAAGCUCGGGGAGCUUAUGGUGGAGUUCCCGCUGCACCCGGGUCUCACCAGGGCUCUGCUUAAAGCCGCCUCACUGGGCUGCCAGGACCUGCUGCUCCCUGUGGCGGCCAUGCUGUCUGUCGAGAACAUCUUCAUCAGGCCAGGUCAACCUGACAAGCAAAAAGAGGCAGCGAAGAAGCAUAUAGAACUGGCUGCUCAAACCGGCAGCAUGAACGAUUUUGCCACUCUUCUUAGUGUGUUUAACUCCUGCAAAUCCAGUGACAGGCCAUCAGGCUGGUGCAAGGAGAACUGGAUCCAUUGGAGGGCGAUGAAGUCAGCUUUCAGUGUGGAGACUCAGCUGAGAGAGAUCCUCCUCCGCCUCCAGCAGAGGAGAGAUUUUCCUUUUGAAACGUUUGACGGGAAUAAAAGUGAACUCUUCAGACGGUGCCUUUGCACCGGAUACUUCACCAAUGUUGCCAGAAGGUCUGUUGGAAAAGUGUUUUGCACAAUGGACGGCCAUGGAUCUAUGGUUCACAUCCAUCCGUCAUCAUCAUUGUUUGAGCAGGAUGUCGAGCUGAACUGGGUCAUCUUCCAUGAUGUGCUGGUGACGUCCAAGAUGUACAUCAGGACGGUGUGUCCUAUUCGCUAUGAGUGGGUUAAAGAUUUAUUACCCAAACUCCAUGAAGUGGACGUGUAUGAGCUGAGCAGUGUGGCAAGACAAGAAGUUACAGAAGACGAGAUGGUGAAAUGGGAGAGCAGAGAAGCGGCUAAAAGACAACAAGAGGCUUCUGCUGAAGAUGCCAUGAAGAAACUGGAGAAACGCAACAAUGAGGCCACAGUCAGCGAGGCUCGAGCUCGCUACCUGCAAAGGAAGCAACAAAGACAGCAAAAUAAAGCUCUCUGAGCAAAAUAGCUUGUUUUUAUUUGUUAUAAUCUGUACUUUUUAAGCAAUUUUUAAUAAAACAAAAAUUAAAAAUAA